AUGGCUUCAUCCGCAGGAGGCUCCGAGCUCUUUACAAAUUAUGAACAGGACCUGCAUGCCCUCACGGAGUCUAUCAAGGUCAAGAUAGACAAGCAGAUUCCCAGUCAGUCUGGAGAGGAGCGCAAAGCUAUUAUCCGGGCUGCCGAAAGAGAGAUUGAUGAGACUGAUGAGAUUCUUGGGCAAAUGGAAAUGGAAAUAUUGAAUAUCCCAGCCCCAGGCCGUACUCGUCUUCAAGCAAAACUGAGACUCUACAAGUCUGAAGGAGAGAAGCUGAAACGCGAUUUGCGUAGGGCUACUGCUGCUGCACCACGAUCUAAUGACCGCAACGAGCUGUUUGGUGACCUCAAUGACAGUACAAGUGAUCUGGAUGCCUCGACUAUGGACCAACGCCAGCGUCUUUUGAGUGGUACUGAGCGACUUGGACAAUCAAGCCGCCGUUUGGAAGAUAGUCAUCGACUUGCAUUGGAGACCGAGGGUAUUGGAAUCAACAUUCUUGGUACAUUGAAGGGACAAAGAGAGACGAUUGUUCGUGCCAGAGAUACUCUUGCCGAAGCAGAUUCUUAUAUUGAUAAAGCAUCAAGAACUCUCAAGGGAAUGGCCCGCCGGUAA